CCAUGCCUGCCCUCAGGCCUCUCGUGAAGCCCAAGAUCGUCAAGAAGAGAACCAAGAAGUUCAUCCGGCACCAGUCUGACCGCUAUGUCAAGAUCAAGCGCAACUGGCGCAAACCCAGAGGCAUCGACAACAGAGUGCGCCGGCGCUUCAAGGGACAGAUCCUGAUGCCCAACAUCGGCUAUGGCAGCAAUAAGAAGACAAAACACAUGCUGCCCACAGGCUUCAGAAAGUUCCUGGUCCACAAUGUAAAAGAGCUGGAAGUGCUGAUGAUGAGCAACAAGUCGUACUGUGCAGAGAUUGCCCACAACGUGUCCUCGAAGAACAGGAAGGUGAUCGUGGAGAGAGCCGCACAGCUCGCCAUCAAGAUCACCAACCCCAACGCCAGACUGCGCAGCGAGGAGAACGAGUAGCAGCCUCUGCAGCACAGGUGUAUUUAAUAAAGCCUCAGUCCAACUCGG